UCCCUCGCUCGCUCGCUCGAUCGAUCGAUCAAUCGAUUGCUCGAUCUCUCGAUUCCGCAGCCCACAAUUCGCAUCUGCCGGCGACGAGCUGAUUGUUGGUCGUCGUUCUGGAAGAGGUUUGCGAGCUGAAGCCGGCGGAUUGAUCGAUCGGAAGGGUCGGGGAUGCUGCGGGGCUGGGCUGAGCUGAGCUGAGCUGCGGGGGCAGGCAGGCGGGGCAGAUUCUUCGUGUCCGGAGGGAUUCGUGCGCCAUGGGUUCUGUUACGGCACGGCUCUGGGGCGCUCGAGGGUUCGUGGGGAAGAGCGAAUCGAGCGAAUCGGGGUGCAAUGCUGCAGAUGCGCUGUGCAGAUGAGGACUGUCGCAGCGCAACCCUACGGCAGCACGAGGAGGAGGAGGAGCGACGGAGGGGCAUUGCCACCGCCGGGCUGACGAUGUAGGGUUGGCUGCAGGGUCGGUCCUCGCGAGCUUCGUCCGAGCUGCUGAGUGCGGUCGCUGCUGCAGGGGACUGCGUGCCUUCGCAGUUGUUGGACUCUACUCUACUCCUCUCAUGGCCGAGGCUUCUCUCAUUUGCAGUCCUCCUGAGAUCAGGAAGCGCAACGCCCGUGGCGAGCACGGAAGCCGAACGUAGUGCAAUUUGAACUGGAGCUGUCCGUCUGUUUCAAAAAUUCCGAGGGUGGACACGGACCGAGUCUCUGGAGAUCACAUGGAUUAUGAAAUGGACUCCAGGGUGUGGAGAUAUUUGCCGGUGGACUUGCUGAUGGUCGUCUUGGCGUACCUCCCACAUCGGACCUUGGCGAAGUUUCGUCUGGUAUGCAAGAAGUGGUGCGAAUUCUGGGACUGCUCUCAGUUUGGGAUGCUGCGUUCUCAGAGAGCUCCUCGGGAAAAGUACGUCCUCUUCAUCAGGAAUUACGCCAACAGUCAACCGGAAAUACAUUACUACGAUCCCAUGCUGAACAAAUUAAUGAAUUCACCACUCAGGUACUUCCCCAGUCAGGUGAAUCACCUGGUGCUAGCUACGUCGAGAGGAUUGCUAUUCUCAGUCCAGUUUCCCAGUCCUCGAUGCACCAGCAAUUUGGGAGAGUGCGCCGGGGGUUGUUGGCCCCACCGUGGUUGUGACAUGAUUGUGUCGAACCCUCUGCGAAAGGAUUGCGCGAGGGUGCUACCGGCCAGGUUGUACAAUUGGCCGCUCUGCGUGGUGGGGAUGAUUUCUGACACCGACGGGUACAAGAUCAUCAUGGGGAAUUCCGGAAAUGGAACAGAGAUCUAUGACUCUGUGAGCCGGUCGUGGAAACUCAUUCCCAGGACUGACGACUCCACAACUCCAUUGCCCAGAAUAAAAAACUCAGCUGUCAUUUCCAGAAAUGGAUGCCUUCUGUAUGUGGGAGUGCCGCUUUACAACCAUCAUCAAUGGAAUAUAUCUCCGGAUGACCUUCAUACGGUCUGUGUAUUUAACCCAACCAGUGAAAGGUGGAGCUUUUUCGACUUGCCUCACUCCGAAGUUGGCUGGAAGAGCAUCCAACUGGAAGAUUGCGGAGGCAGGCUGUUUCUGGUGUGUCACAAGAACCCGACUUCGCAUGCCACCGAGACGUUCUCAUGCUAUGCAGACGUGUGUGUGUGGGAGCGGUUGGGACAAGAUCCUGUCACUGGCUUUUGGGAGGAACAACUAGCUCCAUCUCCGGACUCGCUUCACUUCCCUGUGCACAAUCUUAAUGUUGUGGCAGAAUACCUCACCGUGCCCAUGAAGUCUGAAGACUUCCUCUGCUUCUCGAGAGGUGUACAAGGAGCUGUGUUCAGCUUUCAAGAGGAAUUUCAACAAAUGAGUAUCUACAAUCCUACGCUGAGCAGCUGGUGGUCCACUAUGGAUCGCUUCUGUGAUCACUCUGAGCACGAGUCUUUGUUUGAACCCAUAACGGAAUACAUGCAUACGACCAACGAUUUUCAUUUGUACAAUUUACUGUAUGAAGCACUCAUGAAGUGUCGGAUAAUGGAUAGGGAGCUUGGAAACUUUGGUGGUCAUUCUAGAUAUUCUGCGGACUUGCUCUUUGAACCCAGAAUCGAAGCGCUACCCUAGUUUGGUGUCGGCCACGGGUGGACCACUGGAACUCUGUUCCUGCUUGAUUAGGCCCAGAGUUCAGCUUCAAUAGGUGUGUAGCAAUUUUGAUCGAUCUGAGGACAAUGUAAAAUAUGCACAGCAAUUAGUUCCUGAUAUAAGCCUAUAGAGACGCGUUAAUUGCGUUGUAGAGUGUGCACAGACCUUUAUGCGUCCUGUUUAUAAACGGUGAAUGACUUGCACUCAGUUAUGAAUGAGUUUCCAAUCUCGUCGGCU